AUGGAGACACCCAAACCUCUGGCCGUAGUGUUCCUCGCGGUGGUCGCGCUGGCUGCCGCGCCGGCUGUCGACGCCUGGUCCAGGGGCACCGCCACGUUCUACGGCGGCAGCGACGCCUCGGGCACAAUGGGUGGCGCGUGCGGCUACGAAAACCUGUACAACGCGGGCUAUGGAGUGCUCAACGCUGCGCUGAGCCAGGUGCUGUUCAACGACGGCGCCUCGUGCGGCCAGUGCUACACCAUCAAGUGCGACGACACCCAGUCCGUGUGGUGCAAGCCCGGCAACACCGUCACCGUCACGGCCACCAACCUGUGCCCGCCCAACUACGCGCUCCCCAACGGCGGCUGGUGCGGCCCGCCGCGCCCCCACUUCGACAUGUCCCAGCCGGCAUGGGAGAACAUCGGCAUCUACCGCGGUGGCAUCAUCCCCGUCCUCUACCAGCGGGUGCGAUGCUCGAGGCAGGGAGGCGUGAGGUUCAGAAUCACCGGGUCCCAGUACUUCCAGCUGACUCUCAUCACCAACGUCGGCGGCAGUGGGUCCAUCCAGUCCAUGUCGGUGAAGGGGACCAACACCGGGUGGAUUGCCAUGACGCGGAACUGGGGAGCGCAAUGGCAGAGCAACUCGGCGCUCCUCAACAAGGCGCUCUCCUUCAUGGUCACCUCCACCGGCGGCCAGACGCUGUACAUCAACAACGUCGUGCCGGAGGGGUGGGUGCUGGGCAUGACAUUCGCCACCAACGCGCAGUUUGACUAUUAG